AUGCGUGAAGGGCAGACAGAAAUAACUCGAUUGUCGAAGUUCAGGACAGGAAAAGAGUACGAGCUCAUGAAGCUGACGGUUGGUGAUGGGACUGCACAGACACCGGGACAGGAGAGGGUUCCGAGCCCCAGCUCGUCAGAUAGGGCCAAGCUCGUAGACCGGCGUCCAGAUGGUGAUAUCGACUGGUUCUUGCCGCCGAGGGUUGCAAGGCGCCUGCAGGCUGCAGAUGCGCCGACCAAGAAUCACACGCAACCGUCUGUUGAUUGGGCGGCCGUUUCCAGCAUGUCGAUCAUGAGCAGCCAAUGA